UUACCAUACAAAGUAGGUAGUUGUUAGUGGACUCUGACGUGGGGUCUCACUAGAGGGACUGAUAUAAAAACUACAUUCAAUGCCAACGCUUCUUAUCAAGAGCAACAACACAAUGACCACAAUACGAUCCUUAGGAGUUAUUGGAGGAAUCCUGAGUGUUAUUGUAGCUUUGUUUUGUGCUAAGUAUUUUAUAAUCCCCCAAAAUGAUGAACACGAAACUGUCUUCCCUACAGUAUCGCCUGGAGAUGAGCUCGGCCAAGUCUACCGGUUAUCAAGCGUCGACCCUGUAAGGGUUGGUUAUGUUCGCGAAAUCCAACUGGUCAGCGGUAAGACUCAUUAUAUAAAGACUUUGAGCAUGCGCCCUGCACUUUUCGAAAUCGAAAACUUUUUGAGUGACGAGGAAUGCGAUGAUAUCAUCUUCAUGGCCAAGACUCAGGGAUUGGAAGACAGUAGAACAUUACUUGAUGGGGUAUUUAAGGUCAAUGAGAGCGUCCUCGCCCGUAUUGCACAUGACCCUGAUGCAGCCUUUACAAACAAUGAUGCUAAUGAAGAUGGUGUUCUAGAUAAAGGCGAAUUGGUUCAUAGCAUUGGGUACAUUGGGGACAUCAGACUAACAAAUGAAGAUCUGGAUCGACUGAUAGAAGAUCUAGAGCUCGAUACAAAUAAAGACGGUGUUUUGUCUCGUGAGGAACACAGUGCUUUAUUGGAGGAAGGAAAACUAGAAAAAAUCCUAAAUUACACAAAAAGCAUCAAACAAGAGCGACCGAGCUCGCGAAGUCGUGUCAGCAACACUGCUUUUUUGAGCCCACUCGAUCACCUAGGCAAGAAAGAGUUGUUUGAAUCAAUCAAAAAGCGGAUUCAGAAGGUUAGUGGAUUACCAAGAGACAUCAUUUGGACAAGUGAAGACCUUCAGGUACUGAGGUACGACAAGAACGGUCAUUAUCACACCCAUUAUGACUCAGAAGAAGAGAAUGACAAUCCCACGAUUCCAUGCUGUCACUACUUUAACCACUUGGAUGACGACAACUGUAUACCAUGCAGAUACAUGACAUUCUUCUAUUAUCUUAACGAACCCGAGGAAGGAGGAGAAACGGCUUUUCCUAUCGCAGACAACGACACUACAGCACCUCAGGUUAUGCGCAGUGAAAAAAGGCACCUGUUUGAUUUGAGUAAUCACUGCCACGAAGCGAAAAUAACCUACAAACCGAAGAAAGGAGCUGCGUUGUUCUGGUAUAAUCACUUCAUCGACGAGAACACGGGUUGGCUCGGAGAAAUGGACAAGAUGAGCUAUCAUGGCGGGUGUGACGUCAUUAAAGGAACGAAAUGGGCUGCCAAUAACUGGAUUAACGUCGGGAAGAACAGGGAGUUGGACAGUGAAGCCUGGAAAAACUAUAAAGAAUUUAUAGAUGAUUAUGAUCAGCAGGACGAUAUGAAAAAUGAAUAUGAACCAGAGACUGAAGAUGUCCGCGAAGGUAAGGGUGACAGAGACAUGGCAAAUCUAGACGUUACUAUGGAUACGGCUCAUUAAAGAACACAAAAAACUCAUGGAAUGAAAUGAAUCGGUAUUUAUUAGAAAUAACACUGAUAAUUUAUUAAUAGUAUCAUCACGAAACUAAGUAUCACGUGAUAAAAGUGAUGACCAAAAAUACAAUCGGGUUUGAGCUAAGGAUAUACGUACGAUGCGAAGGUCCCUUGUGGAAGGCUCUGCUGGAUGGCAAACAAACAAACUUUAAAUUGCUUCGUAGUCGAAAUGGAGAGUACCUUACAAAGGAAAAAAUAUAUUUUAGAAAAGGUUGGUAAUCCAGCAAAAGAUAUUUAAAUAAAUGAAGUCCGAAUGUUUUUGCCAUCCAGUAAGUUACAUGACUAUUAUACCCUGCAAAUGRCCUACCAAGAGUGAUCUUUAACAGACACAUUUUUCUUUAAUUAAUUUGUUAUAUUGGAGUGUAAUUCUAGUCUAGAUUCAGUGUCCUAUCUAUCAAGUAAAUGAUUUACUUGAUAGAUAGGACACUGAAUCUAGACUAGAAUUACACUCCAAUAUAACAAAUUAAUUAAAGAAAAAUGUGUCUGUCCCGAAAGGCCUGAGAUGAAAGGUAAGUUCUGUGUUUGACAUGCCAUGCGGGUACGAAGAUGUCCUUACGGCCAGCUGAUCUGAACUAUUGACGUAGGCGUCAUGAUAACUUUAAUAACUGACCUAUAAAAAAAGACAUGGCCGUUAUUACAAAAAAA